AAAGAGAGAGCAAAAGAGUAUAUUGAACGCCACAGCAGCUAAUCAAAAGUUAUUGAAACCAUAAAACAUUCCAAAUGGUUAGGUAGUAAUAUCAUAUCAGUCGUUCUCACUGCAUUGCACUCUGAACACCUCUGAACGAGCGUAGCUAGAAGCGAAACUAGCAGUAAUAAUGACGCGACCAGGUGCGCAGCUGGCACUUUCAAUUCUUGUGGGCGCAAUGCUCACAGUGGAACAACUGGUUACAGCUGGCGUUCCACUCAGCAGAUUCGACGCUCUUGUCAACAAAAGGUCCGAGCCGGCGGACGAAACACUUGGCCUCUAUGACGAUCAAGAUAAGGUGGUCAAGUUGACGGUGGGUAAUUUCAAUGAAACGGUGCUGGAACAAAAUCGCGGUUCGCUUGUCGAAUUCUACAACACGUAUUGCGGACAUUGCAGACGCUUUGCGCCCACGUAUAAGGAGUUGGCGCAGCAAUUGCACGCUUGGCAUGAUGUGGUCAUUGUGAGUGCCAUUGACUGUGCCGCUGAGGAGAACAACGGCAUCUGUCGCACCUACGAAGUGAUGGGCUAUCCAACUUUGCGUUAUAUGCCACCCGGAUUCCACCCCAAUGAUCAGCAAUACGGUCACAAAAUUGAGUCACAAAAACCCGAGGAAAUACGCAAUAUGUUGGCCGUCUUAGUGGCUGCCGAAAAUCAAACGGUUAAUAACACUUUGUGGCCCAACUUUACCCCAGUCAUCGAUGCCGAAGUCUCACUAUUCGAGGGUGUGAACAGCCAACGACAGUUUGUUGCCCUGAUCCAUGAGCCGGAGAACUCAACGCUGGCCAUUCAAACAGCGCUCUUCUUGCUGCAAUGGCCUGUGGUCCAGGUGCGUCGUUUCAACGAGGCUGCCGUUGCUGCCAAAUACAAACUGGACACCUCAAAGGAUGUGAUCGCCCUCGUGGACCGCAAGGGCGUUGUUAAGACUCUUUUGCCGACUGCACCCACCAGCGAGGUCUAUGCCAAGACCAUUGAGACGGCGCUUACUGCACUAAAUUUCGCGCCGCGACUUGAGCUUUUAGCAGCAGACGAUCACCAACAGCAGGCGAGCACCACGGCAAAGAGUGGAGCCCUCAACGACAUUAUCAAGCAGGUGCGUCGCAACAAACACCUCAUUUACCAGGCCGAUCUGGAGAUGGCCAUACGCACUAUACUGCACAACGAGGUACCCAAGGUGAAUGAGAUUGGUGGCGAACGUUUGCUGGCAUUGCAACGAUUCCUGACCGUGCUGCAGCGCUAUAAUCCCCUGGGCACCAAUGGACGGCAGCUUGUGUCCAAGCUGAAAGAUUACGUGGUGCAGUUCAAUCAGCAGCUGCCAGGCAAAUCUUUCGAACAGGAGCUGCAGCGUCUGGAGGCCAAACUGGCGCCCAUCUACUCGGCCACCCACUUUGUUGGAUGCAUUGGCUCCAGUCCGCAUUUGCGUGGCUACAGCUGCUCGCUGUGGACGCUCUUCCACUUUAUGAGCGUGCAGGCAGCGAAGAACGAAGCGGCACAGGAUCCACUGGAGGUCCUGCAGGCUAUGCAUGGCUACAUCAAGAACUUCUUUGGCUGCACCGAUUGCAGCGAACACUUUCAGGCAAUGGCGUCGCGACGCAAAAUCUGGAAUGUGACAUCAAAGGACGAAGCCGUGCUGUGGCUGUGGGAAGCCCAUAAUGAGGUGAAUCAGCGCCUGGCCGGCGACGCCACCGAGGAUCCGCAAUUCCUCAAAGUGCAGUUCCCCAGUGCAAGCAGCUGUGCGCAAUGUCGUCGCAAUGCAACAACAACCUCAACUGCAUCGAAAUCCAAUGCGGACAUUACUUGGAACAAGGAUGCUGUCUUGAGUUUCCUUAAGAAUAUCCAUAAUCCGGAGUUUGUAAGUCGCUACGGGGUGCAGCGAGAGGAGCUGCUGCAUGAGACCCUGGACACGAUGCGGCAGAAACGCCAAAUCGCAAACGUCUUCUCUGACAUGGACAUGCGAAUGGGCAUGUUUCUAUAUGCCUUCUGCAUUAUCAUGAUGGUGGUGGCCUUCAAGCUAUUUGCCUUCAAAGGUGGUUAUCGCAAGAAGCCCUAUGGACACGAUAUGCUUGGCAAGGUGUAAAUUUUAAUCGUUGUCAAACUCAGGGGAGGACAAUGCACUCCAUUUAAAAGACGCGGACACCAAAAGUGAUCGGAAUUUUUAUAUGUAUAUCGAAAGCACUUCUGAAUGUUUUUUUGUAUGUAGCCCACAGUUAUAUUUAAGAUCAAAGUGUAUAUAUCAAUAAUCUUCCAGUUGUAAUCUAUAGAAUUGCAUUCGCUUUUAUAAAAAUUACGUAUCGAUAUGUACCUUCGUUUUCCA